AUGGCCUGCGCGCAGCGCGCGGCCCGCGUGGCCUGCGCCGCGCGCAAGGAGAGCGCGGCCCGCGUGCCCCCAGCCUGCUCCGCGCGCGGCCAACAAGGGACGGGCAGCCCACGUGGCCCGCGGCCUGCGCUGCAGAGCGUGGCGCGCGUGGCCCGCGUCGCCCGCAAGGGGUGCGCUGCCCGCGUGGCCCGCGGCCUGCGGCCUGCGCACACGGCCCGCGUGGCCCAUGGCCUGCGGCCUGCGCCUUUCUUUUUUUUUUUUCAAAUCGGAGAUCUCCACCACGAGCUCGAGCCGCUUCAAGAGAUUGGGAUUUUCGGAGAUUUCACACUCAAUCCCCUUCUCCGGGCGAUUUCUCACUUGGAUCUACACACGAUUCCACGAUCGGGAGAGGAAAGGGAGAGGGAUCAUUUCUCUCAAUUUAUAACUAAAGGCUUUACAUCUUACUGUAAGAGGAAAAGGCGAGACAAGGUAUAUGGAAACAAUGUGGAGAUCCAAGCAUUUGCUGAGAUGUAUAAUCAUCCUAUUCACAUCUAUUCCUACAGUACAAAACCUGUAAACAUAUUUCAAGGAAGCGAUCAUACAGAUACACCACCCAUCCAGUUAAGUUACCAUUAUAAUUCGCUCGUUGAUCCUCGUCGGCUCACAAUUGGUGCAGGCCUAGGAUUCAGCAGUCUUCGAGGAGCAAACAUUGAUAAGGACCAGGUGAAGGCUGCUAUAAAAGCCCAGCAAAACCAACAGAUUGAUAACAUAAGUUUCUAUUCCUUUUCACUUAGCCUAGUAUUAGUUUUAAAUUUUUUUUGUUAGUAGUGAGGUGCUCUUCUUGUUCGCAUAGUUUGCCAGUUGGAGAGAGAAACUGACAAUGUCCUUUCUUUUGCCUUGUUGUCCUGGUUGAUUAGGCUGUAAUCUUAAUUAUUUGCACAGUUUCUCCAUAUUACUGUAGCAGUAAUCUUAUUUAACUUGAGAAUUAUCUCUUCAUAUA